GCGCAUGGCGAGACAACAGCACAUCUGGCUGGCUAAGAGUGACACAGAGUGCCUGGAUACUGUCGAAACAUUUUCACUCAUUUACGUUCGAUUUCAUUCACAUGCAUUGCAUUCUGGAAAGAGACGUUUCUUUUUCCACAUGUGUAACAGGUGGAGAAUAAUGAUGGCGAGUCCCUGUCGAGGGAGAGGGAGAGGAUGAGGGUGGGGGAGAGAGAGAGAGAGAGAGAGAGAGAGAGAGAGAAAGAGAAACGGACUACUCCUGUGUGUGUGAACAGAGUAGUCUCAUCCUUGUAAUGCUCACAGCUAUUCCAACUGAGCUCUAUGUGCAAGAGCUCCCGUGUAUAAAGAGCAUUUUUCUUUGGCGUUCUCUUGAUUUGACUUCGUGUAACUUGCCCAUACUUGCGAAAGCAGCGAUGGAUUUCUUCACCGAGUCCAAUUUCUCCCUAGGAUACAUCAAUGCAUCAUUAGCUGCGGACAGUCCUCCUCACUACAACACCAUCCUGCUGGUCAUCUUUGGCGGCAUCUUCCUGUUUGGCAUCCUGGGCAACAGCAUCGUUAUCUACACCAUCAUGAAGAAAACAAAGUGUCGUGCCAAGCAAACCGUCCCGGACGUCUUUAUCCUCAAUUUGUCGAUUGUGGACGUCCUCUUCCUGCUCGGAAUGCCCUUCCUGAUCCACCAGUUGCUAGGCAACGGCACAUGGCGGUUUGGUGCCACCAUGUGCACGGUCAUCACGGUGCUGGACUCCAACAGUCAGAUCGUGAGCACGUACAUCCUCACGGCCAUGACGCUGGACCGCUACGUGGCCACGGUACAUCCCAUCCGCUUCAACUACAUCCGCACGCCGUGCGUGGCCUGCUUUAUCAUCGCUGUCGUCUGGGCGCUGUCUCUGAUCACCAUCAUCCCCGUGUGGAUGUACGCCGACCUCAUGCCCCUUCCUGGCGGACUGGUGGCCUGUGCAUUGCUCCUGCCCGACCCGGUCACCAACACGUACUGGUUCACGCUGUACCAGUUCUUCUUGGCCUUCGCCAUCCCUCUUGCGAUCAUCUGCAGAGUGUUCUUUAAAAUCCUGCAGCACAUGUCCACCAGUGUGGCCCCGCUACCCCAAAGAAGCCUGAGGGUACGCGUCAGGAAUGUAACGCGAAUGGCGGUGGCCAUCUGCUUGGCUUUUUUCAUUUGCUGGGCCCCCUACUACAUCCUGCAGCUCGUUCACCUGGGCGUGCAGAACCCCAGUAUGGCCUUCUCCUACGCCUACAACAUCGCCAUUAGCAUGGGCUACGCCAACAGCUGCAUCAACCCCUUCCUCUACAUCGUACUUAGCGAGACCUUCAAGAAGCAGUUCGUCAGGGCUGUGCGGCCGGCCAACAGGAAGUUCAACGUCCAUUCCAGCACCACAGAGGGUGACAGUGUGUGUAUGAGGAUGGUGCCCGAAGGUGCUCACCUGGAGCCAGCGCCAAGGGAGAUACCUUCAAGUGUAGAGCCACAGUGAAGCAAAUGUGCUUUCCCUUUGCUUUUUGAACAAAAAUACAAUCUGGAUUAGACAUUAGCCAGGUUAAUCUGCUUUCACGUCUUCAUGCCACAGAAAAGCCAGUGAUCUUGAUGAUCCAUCUGUCGAGUUUCUAUUAUCCUGUUCAAGAUGGGAGAAAGGCAAACAAUUCACUGGGCUGUUAACCAAUGAAUCGCAGGGCACACAGAGAGAAAAGCAACAGUACAAUACAUCUUUAUUGACAUAG